AUGGUGCAUUUUACUGCUGAGGAGAAGGCUGCUGUUGCUAGCCUUUGGGCCAAGGUGAAUGUAGAGGUGGCUGGAGGUGAGGUCCUGGGAAGGCUUCUAGUUGUCUACCCCUGGACUCAGAGGUUCUUUGACACUUUUGGCAACUUAUCCUCUGAAACUGCAAUAAUGGGCAACCCCAAGGUCAGGGCCCAUGGCAAGAAGGUGCUGACCUCCUUCGGAAAUGCUGUUAAGCAUAUGGAUGACCUCAAGAGCACCUAUUCUCAGCUGAGUGAGCUGCACUGUGACAGACUGCAUGUGGAUCCUGAGAACUUCAAGCUCCUAGGCAAUAUGAUAUUGAUUGUCUUGGCAACACAGUUCGGCAGGGAGUUUACCCCCCAGAUGCAGGCUGCCUGGCAGAAGCUGACAACUGCUGUGGCUAAUGCUCUGGCCUACAAGUACCACUGA